AAAACUUGCAACUAAUCAUAAUCACAAUGAAUCCCACAACCAUGUCCAAAAGUUGACCUUCAUACCUAAAACUCCCCAUUUUUCCUUCAAUCUUACCCUUUCAAGUUGUACUUUUCUUAUACAUGUUGCUUCCUCUACCUUUCUUCAAUCUUUCCCAUUUCACUAAUGAAGAAGGAAACUUUUUCAGAUCAACCCACUAUUUUCCUUCUUCUACUCACUCUACUCACUCUAUCUUUAGCUGCUGAAGAUGAUAUAAAGUGUCUUCAAGGGAUCAAAUCAUCUCUAAAAGACCCACAAGCUAAGCUCAAUUCAUGGAACUUCAAAAAUUCAUCUGCUGCAAUUGGGUUUGUGUGCAAAUUUGUUGGGGCUUCUUGUUGGAAUGAUAGAGAAAAUAGACUAAUUAGUCUUCAACUUAGAGAAUUUCAGCUUUCUGGGCAAAUCCCAGAUUCCCUUGAGUUUUGUUCUAGCAUCCAAAAUCUUGAUCUUUCUGAUAAUUCCUUAUCUGGUAAUAUCCCUUCAAAGAUCUGUUCAUGGCUUCCUUUUUUAGUAACUUUAGAUUUGUCUAAUAAUCAAUUAUCUGGUCAAAUCCCAUCUGAUCUUGGUAAAUGUCAGUAUUUGAAUAAAUUAAUUUUGUCUGGUAAUCAAUUAUUUGGUUCUAUACCUUUAGAAUUGUCCAAUUUGAAUAGACUUAUUGAAUUUUCUGUUGAUAGUAAUGAUUUAUCUGGACCUAUUCCUGGGUUUUUUGCAAAAUUUGAUAAAUCUUCCUUUGAAGGAAAUGAUAAGUUAUGUGGGAAACCAAUUAGGUCAAAUUGUAGUGGUUUGAGUAAGAAGAAUUUGGGUAUUAUUAUAGCUGCUGGUGUAUUUGGGGCUGCUGCCUCUUUGUUGUUCGGGUUCGGGUUAUGGUGGUGGUAUUUUUCUAGGGUUAGUAGGAGAAGGAAGGAAGGAUAUGGUCUAGGAAGAGUAGAGGAUGGUUCUUGGGUUGAUAUGUUAAGGGCUCAUAAGCUUACUCAAGUUUGUUUGUUUCAAAAACCACUUGUUAGGGUUAAGUUGUUAGAUUUGUUGGGUGCUACCAACAAUUUUAGUGGAGAUACUUUGAUGAUCUCGACUCGAAUGGGAUCGACUUACAAGGCUAUGUUGCCCGAUGGCUCGACGUUGGCUAUCAAACGGCUUAACACAUGUAAGUUGAACGAGAAGCUAUUUAAGACGGAGAUGAAUCGAUUGGGAAAGCUUAGGCAUCCAAAUUUAGUUCCCUUGUUAGGGUAUUGUCUUGUGGAAGACGAGAAGCUUUUGGUGUAUAAGUACUUGUCGAAUGGCACAUUGUCGUCUGUUCUACAUGGGAAGACGAUUGAGUUAGAUUGGCCUACGAGGUUUAGGAUUUGUUUAGGUGCGGCCAAAGGUCUUGCUUGGCUCCAUCAUGGAGUCGAGCCUCCACAUUUGCACCAAAAUAUAUGUUCGAAUGUGAUACUUCUUGACGAAGAUUUGGAUGCUCGAAUAAUUGAUUUUGGACUUGCUAGACUUAUAAACGCUUCAAACUCGUAUAAUGAUAGUAGUUUUGUUAAUGGGGAUUUAGGGGAAUUCGGGUAUAUAGCGCCCGAGUACUCGAGCACUAUGGUGCCCUCGCUUAAAGGAGACGUUUAUGCGUUUGGUGUAGUUCUUUUGGAAUUAGUGACCGGGCAAAACCCGAUGGAAGUAAGUGUUGCCGAGGAAGGUUUCAAGGGGAACUUAGUAGAUUGGGUGAAUCAACUAUCAAGCUUAGGAAGAACAAUCGAGGCUAUCGAUAAUGAGAUACGAGGAAAAGGCCAUGACAGUGAUAUUAUGCAGGUCUUCGCAAUUGCCUCGAAUUGUAUAGUUUCUCGACCCAAGGACAGAUAUUCGAUGCUUCGGGUUUAUGAAUCAUUGAAAAACUUGACUGAGGAUCAUCCUUCCGAGCAAUUCGAUGAUUUUCCAUUGAUUUUUGGAAGACAAGAUCUCAAUUAGCCUGUAUAAUUAGUUAAGUGGUCCUAUAUAAUUAGUUAAGUGGUCCUAUAUAUUGAGCUUUCGUAAACGUUUAUCGAUUGCGAAAAAAGAAAGUUUGCUACCUAUGAGCAUCAUCCAAAGCUCAUUGUGGCAUGUAAUGUCAUUCUUCAUUGUAUGUUGUAAAUCAAAGGAUGGAUCGAAGCCACCUUAUUGAGGUUAGAAAUAUGAAAAGUACAGAAAAUUUUGACAAAUUUGCUUUGCCAAGAACUAUUAUGAGCAAUCAUAUAUUAAUACACCU